CCAAUAUUGACAGUCUGCUCGUAGCCGCGGAUGCGGCAGAACUCUGCCGAAUCGGUGCGUGUGGCGUUAAGAUAGAAGCAAAAAAAAGUGUCGUCUGAUUCAUAGGAUUUCAUUAGAUUACUUCUAAUGGCACGGAUUGCUCAAUAAAAUGCAACAUUUCUAUCCCACCAAAGCAAAGCUCAGUUGAAAUCAGUUUAAUGUAUCAUCAUGUUUAUUCAUUUGAUUAGCAUUUAUCUGAGGUGCGAUGAUUUACACAUUGGCAUUAUCAUUCUGUAAAGGGUUAGCAUUUAAGAUUGCCUGUGUUGGCUACCAGUGAUAUCGAAGUGUUUAUCGGGACAACACAGCAUCGCAGCAGUUAAACGUGGUGUUUAAGCUUUAAUAAAUAUUUGCCAACAUAAAUGUACACGACUCUAACUAAUCUCAAAGAUACUAUCAAAGUUCCCAAUGGUGUUUAACUUUAGUGUUAAAAUUGUGAUCUUGCGUCGGUGUCAAUUGUCUACUCGUGUACGGAAGCAAGAUAUCACCUUAUCGUGACCAUUUGGUUCCUGUUUCAUAACUGCUGCAGUGACGUGAACGUGCCGAAUUUCACAAAAAUGAAGCAUCGCAAAGUUUAUAUCACAUCAGUGGACAAGGCCGCCAAUCAUCAGCCUGCACCAUCAGCAUCACAGUUCCCGGUGGGACAAUUGCCACAUUCGGCAACCGGUCAGCAGCAACCGAUUCCUUCCAUAGAUCUGACCAUGUCUUUGAACAAACAUCAACAGCUUGGCCACGCAGGCUUCGACCCAGAGGAGACACAGCAGAUAAACGCGUCGUUGCAAGGCAUGUGUAAUGGAUUGGAAAUACAACAGAACGGUGAACACACACAAAAACGCUCGAAUAAGUCUUUAUUCGUUCGGAAUUGGCUCAUUGUUUCACAACCGCUUGCUCUGCUGGCAAUAUUCGCUCUCCUCUGGGGGAUUGCGUAUUCGGUUCUGCCGAGGCAACUCACCGAGCCGAACACACCGUUCAUGAGGUUGUGGUUUCUGUUCGUCGGAGCGCAAAUCAGCGGCAUUCUGGUUUCGCUGACUGGGCUUCCCGAUAUGCUGGGCAUGCUGUUUUGGGGCGUUCUGUACACCAAUGUUGGAUGGGCGGAAUUCCAAGGAUUGCAGAAGGUGGAGGUGUUUCUCAGAGAAAUGGCCCUCGUCAACAUAAUGCUUUUGGCAGGGCUCGGUUUGGACUAUGAUUCGCUGAAGAAACUCUUUCGUUUCAUUAUGCAACUAACCUUGAUUCCGACGGUGGCCGAAGUGGUCGCAAUUGCUGUGUUGUCCAGAUACCUGCUGGAUUUGCCCUGGCUUUGGGGUGUUCUGUUGGGCUUGGUGGUAACAGCAGUUUCGCCGAACGUUGUCGUGACCGUGCUUCUGCGCUUGAAGGAAGAACGUCUCGGCAUGAAUAAAGGAAUUCACACAUUAAUCAUCGCUAUGACAAGCUGUAAUGAUGUUCUAGCAAUUUUCCUAUUUGGCGUCAUUUUGGGGGUGAUAUUUUCCACUGGUAGCCUUACGAGUCAGAUUCUCCAGGGACCAAUCGGUAUCGUAAUUGGUCUAGCAUUUGGCGGUGCAUGUGGAGCGAGCUUACUCUACGUCCCAUCCUAUAAAGCGAAAUAUACCAACGGGUUGCGCUUCACUAUGACGAUCCUCGCGGGGACACUCUCGGUAGUCGGCAGCAAACUUAUUGGAUAUCCCUCGGCAGGAGCUCUCGGGUGCAUCACGACGGCUUUCGUGGCAGGAACCGGUUGGAAGAAACGCAUUGAUUACAAAACUAACGAGGUUGAAAUGUAUUUGGACUUGCUGUGGAAGUUCCUCAAACCGGUAUCCUUCUCGUUAAUUGGAAAAGAAGUCAACUUUUCGGUGUUGGAGGGAAACACUGUUCUUUAUGGUGCGAUUACUCUGCUGGUUGCUGUGACGCUUCGUCUCUUAUUUUCGUAUAUUUCAACGCUCGGCAGUGAUCUGAACUGGAAAGAAAAGGCUUACGUAACAUUGUCAGGUUUUCCGAAAGCCACGGUGCAGGCAGCUUUGGGCCCAGCUGCUCUUGAUUUGGCCCGCAGUUUGAACGCAACAGAUGAUCUACCUCGUGCGCAGACGGUGCUGAUUGUAACAGUUCUGGCAAUCAUAUUUACUGCUCCAUUGGGUGCUCUCCUGAUGAUAAAACUUGCUCCGAAGUGGUUGAGAAAAGAACAAUCCGAAAAUGUAGGGGCCUAAAGUAGGGACAGUAAAUUCAAGUACUAUAGAAUUUUUCUUUGGCAGUGACUUAACAUGUAUCAAAUGUUAUGAGAAAGAAGAAUAAAAAAUAAUCUCAACCUCCAA